AUGGGCUUCGCUUUGGAGCUCUUCGCGGAAGCCGUGGACCCCGCUUUCCAGUGCCAGCUGUGCGGCCAGGUGCCGGAGGAGCCCGCGUGCACGCCUUGCGGGCACGUCUUCCGCGCCAGCUGCCUGCUGCCCUGGGCGGCGCGGAGGCGCCGGUGCCCGCUGCAGUGCGCGGCGCCGGCGCUGGGCGAGCUGUGCCGGGUGCGGCCGCUGCGCAGCCUGGUCCGGCAGCCGCGAGCGCAGCGUGACUCCCGCGCCCGGGGCUGCGGCUACCGGUGGGGCCGCGGGAGCUGGCUGCGCACGGCCAGCGCUGCGCCUUCGGCCCUGCCAGCGGCUGCGGGGGCGGCGGGGAGGAAAAGCACCGGGCGAGCACGACCCGCCGAGGUGGGGACACACGUGGGGGGCGUCGGGGCCAGAAGGACGCCUGAGGGAGGCAGAGGAAGGCGCUGCAGGACAGCUCGUUUGCUGCGGGGCGGGUACCAGAAGUUGACCCAGUACAUGGCGCACACGUGCAACUUCGGCGGGGACCCAGGAGGCCGCGGCCAGGACAGAGAACAGAAGUCAUUCACUGUUGUGUUGGAAAGAGAAGAUGGUACUUUGGGAUUCAACAUAAUAGGAGGCCGCCCAAAUCAGAAUUACCAGAAACAACCAGUAACUGAAGGAAUUUAUGUUUCAAAAAUUUUAAAAGAUGGACCUGCAGACAGAGCAGAUGGCCUGGAGGUUCAUGACAAAAUCAUUGAGGUCAAUGGCAAGGAUCUCUCAAAGGCCACCCAUGAAGAGGCAGUGGAAGCUUUUCGAAACGCCAAAGAGCCCAUCGUGGUACAGGUGUUAAGGAGAACUCCCCUCAGCCGGCCGACAUACGGCGUGGUCCCAGAAGUACAGCUCACGAAUGCCAGCACGCAGACGGACAUCACGUUUGAACACAUCAUGGCGCUGGCCAAGCUUCAACCGCUCACCCCUCCGGUGCCGGACACCUGUCCCUUUCUGCUUUCAGACAGCUGCCACUCUCUUCAUCCGAUGGAGAACGGAUUUUACGAAGACAAUGAGUAUGUUCCCAGCUUGCCUGCUGACGCUGACAGAGCAGAAGACUUUGAAUAUGAGGAGGUCGAGCUGUGCCGCGUUAGCAGUCAGGAGAAGCUGGGCCUGACAGUCUGCUACCGAACCGAUGAUGAAGAAGACACAGGCAUUUAUGUCAGCGAGGUUGACCCAAAUAGCAUCGCUGCCAAGGAUGGCCGGAUCCGAGAAGGGGAUCGUAUUUUACAAAUAAAUGGGGAAGACAUCCAGAACCGAGAAGAGGCCGUGGCUCUGCUGUCUAGCGAGGAGUGUAAGAGAAUUGUGCUGCUGGUCGCCAGGCCCGACAUGCAGCUGGACGAAGGCUGGCUGGAAGAUGAAAGGAAUGAAUUCUUAGAAGACGUAAACUCGGAGAUGCUGGAGGAAGAACCUAAUGACGGAGCGCAGUGCACAGCCAAUGAGCUGCAGCAGCCAAAAAAGCAGGAGGAGGAAGAAGGCACGACGGACACGGCCACAUCCUCUUCCAACAACCAGGAGAAGGACAGUGGCGUGGGGCGCACAGAUGAGAGCUUGCGCAACGAUGAGAGCUCAGAGCAGGAGAAUGCAGCCGAGGAAGCCCACAGCACAUCUCUGAAGAGCAAGAGAGAGCUGGGCCAGAGCCAGGACACCCUCGGAAGCCUUGAGCUUCAGUGCAGCGGGAGCUUUGCCGGGGGUGAGUGCUUGGACUCCGACUGUGCCAGCAACCACGAGGUGUGUGAAGGAUUCCAGCAGCUGCUGGAGCUUAAGAUUCGAAACCACGGGGACUACGACCUGUACUACUCACGCAGCACAAUUGAAUGCCGUCAAGGGGAGCAGAGCGGGGUAGAGCACGAGCUGCAGCUGCUCAACGAGGAGCUAAGGAACAUCGAGCUAGAGUGCCAGAAUAUCAUGCAAGCUCACAGGCUCCAGAAGGUGACGGACCAGUACGGGGACAUCUGGGCGCUGCACGACGGAGGAUUCCGAAAUUACAACACCAGCCUAGACACGCAGAGGGGGAAGCUGGACGACAUCAUGGAGCAUCCCGAAAAGUCGGACAAGGACAGCUCGAGCGCCUACAACACAGCCGAGAGCUGCAGAAGCACCCCCCUGACUAUAGACAGGUCCCCGGAUAGUUCUCUCCCGAGAGGGAUCAACCUCGCCAACAAGAAAAACCUGAGGAGCACAACGACAGCCCAUCAGUCCCCUUCCAGACAGAGCACCAAGGAAUACACAUCUACCAAAGCCAAAAGCGCCGAGGAAGGCUGCAGCACCGAAAGCCCGGAGAAGAGUCUGGAGAACACCCAGCUUCCGGAUCAAGAGGGCCUGGCCAGGGAGCACACCCCAUACCUGUCUCCUUACCACAGCUCCUCCUACAGGUAUGCCAACAUCCCAGCACACGCCCGGCAUUAUCAGAGCUACAUGCAGUUAAUCCAACAGAAAUCCGCCGUGGAGUACGCCCAGAGUCAGCUCAGCCUGGUGAGCAUGUGCAAGGAAUCGCCAAGGGGCUCAGAGCCCAAGAUGGAGUGGAAGGUCAAAAUUAGGAGCGAUGGGACCCGGUACAUAACAAAGAGGCCAGUGCGAGACCGGAUUCUGAAGGAACGUGCCUUAAAGAUCAAGGAGGAGCGGAGCGGCAUGACCACAGACGACGACACCAUGAGUGAGAUGAAAAUGGGGCGGUACUGGAGCAAGGAGGAGAGAAAGCAGCACCUGGUCCGGGCCAAGGAGCAAAGGCGGCGCCGGGAGUUCAUGAUGCGGAGCCGGCUGGAGUGUCUCAAGGAGAGCCCGCAGAGCAGCGGCGAGGGCAAGAAGGAGCUGAGCAUCAUUGAACUGAGCCACAAGAAGAUGAUGAAAAAGAGAAACAAGAAAAUUUUGGAUAACUGGAUGACAAUUCAAGAACUGAUGACCCACGGGGCGAAAUCUCCUGAUGGCACUAGGGUCCAAAACGCCUUCCUGUCGGUGACCACCGUAUGACCAGGCGGAUGGGACAGCUGCCUUACAGAGCACGCUACCAGUUUCGGUAGAGAAUGAUUGCCUCGUUCAAUGUGGCGUUUUUAUAUAUAUUUUGUGACUUUUACAGUUUAAAUUUUUUGUAAGAAAAAAAAAAUACCCUGUACUUUUUAAUUUGCUUUUCAUACGCUGGUACCUUCUUUGGCUAUUAUCUUUCUGUAACUUGUGAUAUAUUCAUAGCGCUCAUUUAUAGAAAAAAAAUAAAAAUAAAACAAUGAAAAAAAGAAAAAAAAUGACAAAAAUACUAAGGACCUAAUUGAUUUCGUAUUUUAAUGUAUCUAUUGUAAGUUAAAAAUCUCGAUUUAUUUCUCUAAUUUUCUUAUUUUCUAUUUUAAUAACUCAAUGCCAAAACACGCCUAUGCCCGCUUACUGGCAUAGCGAUUACUAAACCGAAUCUGCAUUUAAACCACGUGCCGCAUCUUGUCUCAUACGUGAAGUAGCACCCCUUCUUACAGCCUGUUGUACAUUUAACACAUACACGGCAGUCGUCUUUGUCUCCGUAAAGUGUGGGUGGACAAUCUUCCUGUGAUACGUAGUGACACUGGUCAUGUAGCUAGGUAAUUGUGGUAAUUUGUGACAAUUAAAAAAAAAUAAAUUAUUGAUUAUCCAUAAGCAAAGUUAUCGAGGACUGUUCUUUUCUUUGUCCACUGUGGCUAACUUGCUUAGUUGUACAUACACUAUUAGAAGACUCUUAGUUGUGAAUUAUAAAUUGUGCGCUUUUUCUACCUUUUUUUUUUCUUUUCUUCAAUAAAGUCGUUUCUGAAACACUACUCACAGGUCAUUGUGUCACAUCUUCCUUCCCAGAGCAACUUAGAAAAUAAAUGAAGUAUUUCAAUAAUGCUAAAUUGCCCUUCACGACCCUCUAGUCUGACAUUUGCAUGUGAGAGAGGCAAAAACAUAUUUCUGGAAGAAUGAAGAAAAAAAAAACUAUUGAUGAAAGGUCUCCUUCAGAUACAACUGUUUCACCUGUAAAACUCACAUUCUCUGAGAGGCUUCAACAAUGGCAAGUUACCUCUCAUCGCUCUAGAGGCUGUUAAAUCGUUCAACUUGGGUAGGACACAAUCCAGUCUGCAACACUGCAUGUUCAUUUAACUGAUCACCUAAAAAUAAAUUGUGGGAAGCCAUUUUUGCAGCAGUUUUCAGCAUAUUCAAUUACAUGCUUUACAUGUCUUUAGCAAAGAGUAUGUUGUUAACCGGCUGGGAAGAUUCUGUUUUUUAACCUAGCUUUUUGUUGCUUAAACAUUUAACCAUGCCACAUGCCAGUCAUAAAUGCCUAUGGAAUGAAAGAAGAUGUUAGCCAUGGGUGUAAAAUUUCCUUUAACCUGACAGGCAUGGCACCUAGAGAUGUCUCAAGCUGAUGUCCUGCAUGAAACCUUACAAUGCCUGCAAGUUAGCUCUUCAACCAGUCUUGGGCCUCAGCCCUAGGCUCAGGUCUUCUCAUAGCUCGCCCAACUCACCCGCUGCUCCGUCUACUGAGGUCUGAAUCACUCCUGCCCCCUUCUCACUGACGUUAGUGCCUCCUACUUUUGCUGAGAUUUUUGAAACAAAUCUUAUACCUUAUUAGAAUGAAAUCACAGACAGAUCUUGGGGGAAACUGUGAUGAUGACAACACAUUUUCUUAUCUCUUCAGAGUAUACUGGUAUGCACAUUGUUCUUCCUUGGCAAUUUAUUCAUAAUUAAAUCAUAUACCUAGAUUGUCAUUGUCUCCCUUUCUAGACUUUAAGUUCAUGUAAGGACAGUCUUGAAUCCCCUUGCUUUGUAAUUCUCUGAUUAAAUUCCAUUUGAAUAGUACCCUAAAUAUUUACUCUAAAUUAUUUUAUGAAUUUGCAUUCCCCUGCUUAAUUCUGUUGCUGCGAUUAAACAGAUUAAAACUCUGACCAAAAGAAACUGGAGCGGAGAGGGUUUAAUUUCAUCUUUCCCUGCCCAUCAUUGAAGUGAGUCCACAUGGUAACUUGCUUGCUGCCUCUGUCUCUGUAAUUCUCUCCUGCUCAGCUAGCUUCCUUGUACAACCCUGGACGAGGUGCCCAGGGAAUUGCACCACCUGCAGUGGGCUUGGCCUCCUACAUCAAUUAUCAGUCAAGUCAAUUCCUCAAAGACGCGGACACAGACCAACCAGAUAAAAGUAAUUAUUCAACUGUGAUUGCGUCAAGUUGACAAGUGAUGUUACCUGAACAGCCCUCCAUAGUGGUCCUUUUGCUGCUGUUCUCCUACCUUUCCAUGACUGCAUCUUUUUGAAAGGCUAUUCCAAAAAGGGAAAGAAACUAAUUUUAUUUGUCUAUAGUAGAAAACUGGACUCAAAUUUUAUAAUAGUGAUAAUAAUAUCAAAGUAAAGCAAUUGAAGGUUUUCUUCUUAAUUCUAGCCAUUGUAAAUGAAAUUGCUAAACUACUCCAAUGUACACUGAAAUGAUCCUUCCUUUUUUCCUUCCUUACUUCCUUCUUUCAUUCCUUCCUUCUUUCUUUCCUUCCUUCCUCUCUUUCUUUCUUUCUUUCUUUCUUUCUUUCUUUCUUUCCUUUCUUUGACACCUGCUGUGUGUUGAAUAUCACCUUUUGUGGCCACAUCUUGACUUGAGCCACGUACUGCUGGCACGCCUGCAUCUUUCAUCAGACUCAAUUCAGCCUGGUUGCUUGUUUUCUGUUGGGGGUGGGGGUGUUGCCUUUCAUUAGCAUUGGUUCUCGGCCUCAUAGUCUUUGUAAUGGCAGUGCUAUUUACUUGUUCCCUUGCUGCUGCUUCACCUGUACAUUUAUAAAGCUCUAUGGUUUCAUUUUCAAAAUGCACAGAUUGUUUCCAGGGGACUUAAGACAGCCAGAGAUGAGGAUGUCACUGUCCCAUGACAGGUUACUCAGGCCACUCUCCGUCCUAUUCUGCCAGGGCAGCAACAUCUGCUCUCCUAAACACCACUUCCUCAGUGCACUUGGAUAAGUUUAAAAUCUGAGUUCGGUGACUAGUAUUUAAGGAUUUCGUGUGUCUUUCUUGUGUCUUCUCUCAGGACACUCCAUGGAGCUUCCAAUUCAAACUUUGAGAAACCGAUGCCUUUGGUAAAUGGUUUUUCUGAUGAUCCCUUAAACUAACAAGUCUUUAAAUUUUAAUGAAUAUGCAAUUAAAUGUUUCCUUUAUUGUUUUCUAUUAAUUAAUUCACACAGUAUUUAUGUGAAUAAUUAUCAAUGCAAUUAACUAUAUAUAGAUAUAC